AUGAUUUCCCGUCGCUACUAUCCACAAACGCGUCCAUGGGCAAGUCUCAAUUAUUGAACAAUCGCAAUCAAAUUAUGUAACGUGUGGCUUCACUGUUCACUGUGUACGAAAGAUCUCUGCCUGCAGGCAAAAGUCCCACUAAUUGCACGAAUUCUUAUCGCGAUUAUUCUUGACCGCGAGUAUCUGGGUCCCGAGUACGAGAAAACGUUGGAAGAAACGAAAAACAUCGUUGAAAAGUUGAUCCGAGAACAUCUGAAAAAUGGCGGCUUGAUCGUGAAAUACUACUCCUGGACAAGCAUUAAUCUGAAGCGAGAUUUCUCCGCUGUACUGUCGGUUUCGAGCUGCAAAAACACCUGGGACAUUUACCAAGAAGCCGUACGUGAGCGGCUGGUGAUGUUGAGCAUUACCGAUCCAGAUUGUCCACGCCUGCCAACUAAGAAUGCCAUCAUGAUUCCUCGUAGCGAUGGGUCCGGUAACUCCUUUGAUGAGGUAUCACAGAUCAUACUCGACAUGAAGAGUUCCCGCGCUAUUAAUUGGCACACAGCCACGCUACUAUACGAUCAGGCUUACGAUAACGAAAUUAGUCGCUGCAUACUGUCGUUACUAGAGGAUCGUGAAGGCAUUAAACCGCUCACGCUGACUGAGUUCAAAAUUAAUGCACCGACGCACAGUUGGGAAAAACGAAAAGAGAUCCGUAAAACGCUGCUCGGCAUUCCGACCGCUUACACAGGAAGAAAUUUCAUCGCCAUUGUAAAUAUGGCUACACUGACCCUGUUGAUGGAAAUUUCCAAGGAUCUCAAGUUGGUCAAUCCGUUCUCGCAGUGGCUGUACUUGAUACCAAACACAGAACGUACAAACAGUGACUUCUUCACCUUCUCUACCAUCAUCAACGAAGGAGAUAACGUGGCGUUCGUGUACAACAACGGAAACAACACUGGCAACUGCACAGUCAGUGUGCUGUGUUACAUGGAGUCCUAUCUGCUUCAUUUCAUUCGAAGUCUCUCAAAGCUGAUCCGUGAGGAACAGAUCGUAUUCGGACAGAUCUCGGACGAGGAAUGGGAAAUUAUUCGUCCGAGCAAGCUGGAACGGAAGACAAAGUUUUUAAACAUGAUCAAGACUGCCAUUACGUCCAAGGAUGAGUGCAACAAAUGCUCCCAAUGGAAAGUCCAAUCCGCAGAAACGUGGGGUUACGUAUACAGGACAGAUUUUAUACCGGACUUGAACGAUGUGCAGGAACGCCGCAAAUUUACAAUGCUCGACAUCGGCUACUGGUCACCACAGGAUGGGUUUAUGCUAUCGGACGCACUGUUUCCACACUCACAGUACGGAUUUCGCGGUGUGCAGCUAGUCUUUUACAGCUAUCAUAACCCACCGUGGCAGUUUGUGUCUUACAACGAAUCGGGUGCUCCAAUCAUAUCAAGCGGUGUUGUUUUCGACGUACUCACCGAACUUUCGCGUAAGCUGAACUUCACCUACACUAUGGUGAUUUCACAACCUGCCGAGAUUAAUGGAUCCCUCAUUGAGGGAAACACAACGUCCGUCUAUGACUUGAAAACCAUUUCGUCCGAUAUUCCGCAAGAAAUAUUCAGCACACUAGUCAACAACAAGAUACUGCUAGCGGCAAUAGGUUCAACUGUGAACGAGAAGCAAAAAAAGUUUGUCAGCUUCACUGAUCCCAUCAGCAUCCAGACGUACAGCUUCAUAAUCUCUCGUCCACGUGAGCUGAGUCGAGUGUUACUCUUUUUGUCUCCUUUUGGCCCAGACACGUGGUUAUGCCUUGCGGCAGCUGUUGCCUUGAUGGGACCAAUACUUUGCAUCAUCAAUAAGCUCAGCCCAUACUACGAAGUACACAACAAACCCACCGACAUAGGACUGGGAAAGAUGAACAACUGUUUCUGGUACAUCUAUGGAGCGUUGUUACAGCAGGGUGGUCUGUACCUGCCGUAUGCAGAUAGUGGACGAAUCAUUAUAGGAACCUGGUGGUUGGUUGUGCUGGUAAUCGUCACCACCUAUUGUGGAAAUUUGGUCGCAUUUUUAACAUUCCCAAAGAUUGACAUACCAGUCAACCGAGUGAUGCAGCUGUUGCGCAACGAUCGUGGUAUGACCUGGAGCAUCCGCCGUGGGACAUUCCUGGAGGAGAUCCUAAUAGACUCUACCGAACCGAAGUACGUGCAACUGUACAAGGGCAGUCAGAUCAUAACCGAGCUGACGGAUGAGCUGGUGGAGCGCAUCGAGGCUGGCAAGCAUGUGCACAUCGACUGGCGCAAUAACUUGCGCUACUUGAUGAAGCGCCAGUUCCUGCGGACAGACCGGUGCGACUUCGCUCUUAGUACGGACGAAUUUCUGGAUGAGCAGAUCGCGCUGGUAAUGCCGAAGGACAGCCCCUACCUCGAGCUGGUGAACGAAGAGAUCAGGCGCAUGCAUCAGUUUGGGUUUAUCCAGCGCUGGGUAUCGCAGUACCUGCCGGCGAAGGAUAAAUGCAGCGGCACCGGUCGAGUGAUGGAUGUCCAGAACCACACGGUAAACAGUUCGGAUAUGGCCGGUUCGUACUGGAUCCUGUUGCUGGGGUUCGCCGGUGGGCUGUUUAUCUUCAUGUGCGAGUUUGCCGUGAGCAGAUACCGUCAGCAUCGGGCAUCUAAAGCGGCCCUCGUUGCGUACCAGGACUAA